AUGAUUGAACUGCAUACUGUGAAGAGCUGUGAAUUUUUGGGAUUGGUAAGUUGGCCUCUAGAGGAAUGGAUUUAUGGAAUGUGGACCUUGAAUCUCGAUUCAGUUGAGGUUCGAAUAGAAGGAGUAUCUGCCGAAGCUUCAUCUACCAUUCUUGCAAAUUUAGCCAUUGACAAUCUCGAUAAUCUUGCAGAUCUCGAGAUCUUUCGUAAGCCCGUUGAUUAUUUGAGGCAGACACCGGGGAGUGUUUCCUGA